AUGGCCCAUCGUCCCCGCCCGCCGCCGCCGCCGCCUGCAGAUGCCGAGCAGUAUGACGACUACUCCGAGUUGGAGCGCGAACGCCGUGAGAAUGACAUGCGCCUGAAGAGCACGUUCGAGCACAUAUUCGAUAAAUACGAGCGCGACUUUACCGACAUUGGCGACGAGAUCGACCUUGAGACGGGCGAGAUCAUUGUCAACAACGGCCACCUUGCCCGCUUGGAGGACGAGCGCGAUACUGGCGAGGAUUUCGAGGAAUGGUACGAAGAAGACGACGAGAACGUAGACGAUGUUACCGGCAGCUAUUCAUACGAGCGCCACGCGGUUGCAGGCAGCCUGGAGGAGGAUGAGCUUCUCAGUUCUCCACCAGGGAAUCGCGACCAAUGCGUGAGUCUGCCUGGUGGAGCUCUUGCAUCUUUGUCGAAACUCACCUCCCAGAUGUCCACGAUCCACCCUCCACCGGCCGUCCCGACGCCGCAUUAUCGGAGCCAUAUGCAGCCCCGGAAUCGAUCGCAGCACCUCAAUACACCGCAGCGCCGAGAUCAACCGCAACAUCGGAACCCGCCUUGCCCGAGUCGAACUCGACGACCUGGGUUCGAGGCUCAGCAAACACCACAUAGAAUGAACAUGACCGAAGAUCCCGCAUUCUUCCAGGCCUUGGGCCAAAGUAUUGCCCAAGGGAUUGCUCAGUACAUGUCAAGCUAUCAGGACAGUCCAAGGUCUACCGAUCCAGUCUGGGAUGCUCCUCCGCUGCCCCGUCCCUCCCAUUCCGCUCGUCGUUCUGCACCUUCUCCACAGCGCAGGCCGCAAAUGAUCCCUGAGUCGCCGCGCCAGCCAUCCAAGUCACUCUGGUCUACCGGGCGUGCAGUUGGCCGUCCGAGACUGCAAGCACGUCCUUCUACACAGAUUCCUGACCCGUCGCCCAGCGUUCGUAAUAGCACAUUGCGCCGGCAAACACUGGCCAAUGACCCUCCCGCCAGACCAAGAUAUGCCGAACCACAGUGGGAUGAGGUUGAUUAUGAGGGAGCGGAAGAAAGUUUCGAGGAACUGGAAGGAAACGGCUCGCCGGAAGAAGACAUGGGAGACAUUGAGUGUGAGGAUCAAAAUCAAGUCAAUGCUUGGGCAGAAGACGAGGAAGUUAUGGACCUGGAAUCAGCCGCCAAUGGUGAAGAUCCGAUCGAUACCACUGAGACUGAGGAUGUAAAAAAUCCGCAUCCAUACCAAGCUCUGGUCACUGCACCCACGAAUACCCAAGUGCCUCCUGCCUCACGCACCAGACCCGAUUCGACACCGACUACGGAAGCUUCUGGUACAGCAAACAGCGGAACUACUGGUGGAAGAGAUGCGCACGCUACACCAGUAGCGCAACCGAGUCCAGAGUGGUCGACCGCUCAAACGCCACUUGGGUCCGCCGAUAGAAAAAAUAACAAGCAGCUUCCCUGGAUCGAAGGAGACAACGAACUCUUCAUCGUGCUCAAAGAGGAUCGCAAGCUUGCGUUCUCUCAAAUCGGUCGCUACUUCCCGGGGAGGAAUUGUCAGAACCUCAUGUAUCAUUGGUACCAACGCCUUGCAAAUCGUCCGGAUAAGACUCGAGGCCCCAUGUCAGACUACGUCCGUCAAGCGCUCGAGCGCGGCCCGAUCUUGGCGAACAAGGUGAGACAGAAGCCGUAUGUGCCAAAGAACCCUGAAACGGCGUGUCCUCACCGUGCGAACCUCGCCGAUCCCACCGAGAUACUGGAGCGCUACCCUAUAGAGGUGCCGGAUUCUGAGCAGAAGGCGGAGUCGCCGAAGCUGGUGCCCCCUGGGGUAGAUAUCACAACUGGAAGGCCUGCACCCUUCAACCCCAACAUUCUCAUCAGAGAGGAGAUGGAACGCACACAUCUUUGCACUCUGUGCGGCAAGUCAUGGGUCUCUCAUUCCAAUGCCAGGAGACACACGAGACUGCCUGAGCUUUGCAGACCAGAAAAUUGGCUGGCAAACUACAUGCCCGGCGCACAUCGCAAGAGGGCAUUGGUGCAGAUUCCGGCCAAUAAAAGCACUCCAGAAGACCGGCCGUCCAAGCGGCAGAAGACAGAUGACAGUGCCACACCUCGACUACUUGAAGCCGCAAAAAGGCGCGCACCGCAAGUCCCACUAAACGAUAGCCCUGUGGGCGCUGGUGUACAGCGUGCUGCAGUGGCUCGCUCUCCAGAUGUGGUUCAGCCGGCGAAGGAGGUGAUGCCGUUGUCCCAGGACGCAAGGCCAGAAUCGGUCUCGGCUCCGCAGCGAGGAUCUCCCAAGCACUUCACUAUCUCUGAUAAGCAGCCGGUCGCAGCCGGUCCAAGCAGACAAAUGCCAAUUGAUCCGAGGCUGAUCGACACGUCCAAGGUGAUGGAGGCGGUGCAGCAGCACAUGGGUGUUCCUCAGCAGGUUCUCGGAAUCUCUCCACUAGUGCUGAUAAGGCGGCCGCAUUCUGCGGUAAGAAUGACUGACGGUGAGACGUCCGCAACAGGAGCAGCUGCAGCGGUGCGGGAUCGCAUCAGUUCCUCCAACAACGAUGUCCAAACACCGUCCGCCCAAAAGCAAACGGCCGACAAAACACCCAUGGAGCCGGUUCCUCCAUUGACACAACCGUUGAAAUCCCGAGGGAGAGGCAGGCCGCCUUCUCAGAACACGAAAGGUGCUCACCAGGUUGCUGGCACAGGCUCGACACCCAGAAACGGAGAUUCCGCCACAACGCAAUUGUCUAAAGCUUCGCAGAAAUCAUGGCAAAGGUCUGAUCAGAUUACGGGCGCAAGCUCAACACCUAGAGGUCAAGCCCCUCCUACGUCAGACCCAGUUCCAACUACGCCAGCAUCCAAAUCUCGCCAAAAACCAUGGUUGCCAAAGCCGAGUCCGACGGCAAUGCCAGAUGCUCGGAUGAAAGCGACACCGUCGAGGCCGGGGCUGAAGAGUGUAGCACCUCAGGCGUCGCAGUCCUCCAGGCCAGCCAUCAAGGCUGCUUCAGCUAAGCGGUUAUUGGCAAAUACUGGGCCUGCCGCGACACCACGUACCAAGGUGACGGGCGAAGCGUCACAGAGCUCACCGCUUGGCCGGAUAGCCAGGUCGGAACCACGCCCCAGCACUAGAUUUGUCGACUUAUUGGCGGACAUGUCUGAAGACGAAUUAGCACUGUGA